AUUAGUAUUGUUUGUGAUACAACAAUGAUACGUUUGAACGUUUUUAGCGUUUUUAUUAUUGUUAAUUUAAGAUCAGUUGCUUAUGGAUUAAGUGUAAACACUAGUUCGGAUGUAAUACUAGCAAGUGAUAGUGAUAGCAGCCUUGGACUAAUACCUUUGGACUAUUAUGAUGAAGAAGACUAUGAAGAAGACUUUGCUGUAAAAGCAAGUGCAGUAUGUCAAAUAAAUAUCAGAGAUUUACCACAAAGGAAGCCUUUACUAAGAAACCCAAGAACUCAGCGGAUCUUACUGCCGGAUCAAGCUGGAUCAAGUGUAAUUACCCUACGUGCUGGUGAACAUAUGGAAAUCGAUUGUCCUGGAAGUAAUAUUGUUGUAGAUUCAUCCCUAACAAUAGGAGAAAUUGCAGAUGCACAAUGUGUCUCAGGGACCACCCUUCGCAUCCAAAACCGAGUUGUUGAUUUUGGUUCGGUGGUGUGUUCGAGAAGAGUUGCGAGUGUUGCGCGAUAUACGAACGCAGCAUGCUGGAACAGACGUGGACGAGAAGUUGAAGUUGGAUUUCUGUUCACCGAUGGCCAUUUCAUCCAAGAAAUGACCACGUGCUUCGACCCAGUCUCUCGGGACGUGUAUUACUCCCUAUUCGACCUCCUACACCAAAUAGGGGACCAAAAUACCGGCGGAACCAGACCAGGUUGGACCGAAGGAACUUUUUACAAUUUAGGGGUCCGUUUGGACAAUUUGUAUCCCAAUGCACCCCAAAGGAUCACCAUCAAUAGACUCGUGGGUCUACCAGACGAGAGUACCAAAUACGUACAACCCACCGGUAAUUAUUACUUAGCAAGGGGUCACUUUACAGCCAGAGCUGACUACAUAUACUAUGCCCAACAAGAGGCUACGUUCCAUUAUAUUAAUUCAGUGCCACAAUGGCAAACUUUCAACGGGUUUAAUUGGGCUUAUUUUGAAGCGAACGUUCGACAAUACGCUGCCAGAACUGGUCUGGAUUUGGUAGUAAUGACAGGCGGAUACAACAUUUCGACCCUUCCUCACGAAUCAACUGGUCGGCCAGUAGAACUCUACCUCUUUGCAGAUGGUGGUUCCAGAGCUAUGCCAAUACCAGCGCAGUUCUGGAAAGUGGUCUACAGUCCAUCUACGCAAGCGGGUGUAGCAGUAUUGGGGCUAAACAAUCCUUUUAUCCAGGAUGUUCGUCGAGAACUUAUUUGUCCAGACAUAGCUGAUCAACUGACCUGGCUCACCUUCGAUAGAACCCUUAUCCAUAGAGGGUAUAUGUAUGCCUGCACCAUUGCUAACUUGAGAAGGGUCAUCCCGGAAAUACCGAAUUAUCGUGUUACGAGAAUAUUAAAUUAAUAUGUAAUUGCUUG